CCCCGCCCUAGUCUGUGUCAGGAGCAUGCGCAGUCAUUCUCCCGGCAGGCCGUACGUGGGGUGUGCGUCAAGAUGGACGCCUCCUUGCGGCACACGCUGCUAAGGCUGUUUCCUACUCUCUUGCGAAGUUCCUAUGUAACUCAGGUUCCUCACCAGACUCUUUGCACCAGAGGCCCUCCUGAAGAAGAUGCUUCACCCUCACUUCCCGUUUCACCUUAUGAGAAGGAACCUUGGAAAUACCUGGAUUCAGAAGAAUAUCAGAACCGUUAUGGCUCUCGCCCUGUUUGGGCCGACUACCGCCGCAACCACAAAGGUGGUGUGCCACCACAGCGGACCCGAAAGACAUGUAUUCGUAACAGUAAAGUAGCUGGGAAUCCUUGCCCCAUCUGCCGGGAUCACAAGUUGCAUGUUGACUUUAGGAAUGUGAAGCUCUUGGAACAGUUUGUUUGUGCCCACACGGGUAUCAUCUUCCAUGCCCCAUACACAGGGGUCUGUAUGAAGCAGCACAAGAAGCUGACCCAGGCCAUCCAGAAAGCCAGGGAGUAUGGUCUUCUCAGUUACUACGUUCCCCAGGUUGAGCCCCGAGAUGCUGACUUUCGUACUGUGCAUGGAGCUGUCAGUGUGACUCCACCAGCCCCCACAUUGUUAUCAGGUGAACCUUGGUACCCGUGGUACAGCUGGCAACAGCCACCGGAGAGAGAACUGUCUCGUCUUCGCCGACUCUAUCAAGGAAAUCUCCUAGAAGAAAGUGGCCCUCCACCUGAGUCAGUGCCCGAGAUGCCCACUACACCGCCAGCAGAAGCCUCCACUGAGCAGACCAGCUCCCAGAGUGCUUAGAACUCUGGGAACCUGGGGAAGUCCUACUGAGGGAGUGCUGUCCAGGGCUGUGUGGUGUUGCGUGUUCUGGAAAGGGUUCUGUUUUGUGACAGUGGCAGACCCUAAAAGGAAAUGACUGGUGUGAAGAGGACGAGCACAUUUGAAAUUGAGAUCUAGGUGUAUAUGGGUAACUAUAGAUGUAUGUAUAUGGGUAACUGGCUCACAUAUGAACUGGAGACUUUGUGUGUGCCCUUGAUAAUGUGUCCCUAUUUUAAACCUACUGGCCCAGCUUCUAUACAAUAAAGCUGUGUCUCCUUA